AUGGAACGAGAAAUGGAACAGUCUACUGGACUCUUUGAGCUUUACAGAGGCGAAGACCCAGUUAUUGACAUCGUCGCUAUAUAUGGGCUCAACGGCCAUCCGUUCAAGACCUGGAGUGCCGACAAGACCAGCAAGUCCUGGCUCCAGAACACCAACCUUCUCCCUGGCAAUCUGAAGCAAUCUCGUAUCCUGACCUUUGGAUACAACGCUACGGUUGCAGCCUUCUUCGGGAAAACGUCUUCGGACCGUAUUCUGCAGCAUGCGCAUACGCUGAUUGUAGAACUGGUCGCCAAUCGAGAAGUGAGGCCCUCGCACAUUCCGCCAGCAGAACAAGCAAACUCGUCCAACACCUCCUCCAUCGACACAUCCACCUACGCCAUCCUUUUCCUCAGCACCCCACACAACGGCAGCAACAAAGCCAGUCUCGCCUCCGUCUCCAGCCGCCUCAUCACCGCGCUCGCGCCUUCCAAACUCGCCGAUUCCUCGAGCCAACUCGCCGACGCGCUGCACGAGGGCUUAGAAGUCGUCCAAAACAUUACCGAUAUGCUCGCCCCACUUGUGAAAAACCUCCGCAUCUACUUUUUCUAG